AUGCCAGAGUCAGACUCUAUCCCCGGAACAAUCCAUCUGGUGGAUGUUCAGCGCAAUCUGCGUGUUCGCCAUGCAGGUGGCGGUGAAGGUGACAUCGUCUUGGAUCCAGCGCCCUCUGAUGAUCCCAACGACCCUCUCAACUGGACGCCUCAGCGCAAGCGUCUAGCAUUAAUAUGCACAAACUUGUAUACUUGGUUCACUGGCAUGUCUGUUGCGACUGUGUACUCUGUUCUCGUACCUCUUGCACAACAGUCCAAGGUCUCAAUUGCGACACUGAAUGAGGGAACGGGUUAUAUGUACUUGCUUUUGGGAGUCGGGUUGUUGUUCUGGCAACCUUUCUCGUUGCGAUAUGGUAAACGGUUGACGUAUCUCAUCUCAAUUCUCGGGGCUAUUGGUACCAGUAUCUGGAGUGCCUAUGUGUCGGGCAACGGAGAAUGGAUCGCCAAGUGCAUCAUCCAAGGCUUCUUCGUCGCGCCCAUUGAAUCUCUCCCCGAGAUGUCUGUCACCGAUAUCUACUUCACCCACCAACGUGGCACUUACAUCGGUAUCUAUGCCCUCGCCCUCGCAGGAAGCAACUACUUUGCGCCCGUCAUCAGUGGCUUCAUCGCCGAGUACCAGGGCUGGCAAUGGGUCUUCUACUGGCCCGCCAUCUUCCUCUCGGCCGUCUUCGUGUUCUUGUUUCUCUUCAUGGAAGAGACCAACUACAUUCGCGUCGCGCGCGACAUCAACCGCCCCCAGAUCGAAACCUCCCGAGCGAGCGACGAGAAUACUAGCAAGACAGGCGAGAAAGAGGCAGAGGGCGGGAACCGCGAAGUCAAAGAGGCCGAUGAGGCAGCCCAAGAGUAUGCCAAACCCAAGACCUUUGUGCAGAAGAUGUCCCUCUGGAAUCCAUCUCCUGGCCAGAGCAUGGCGCGACAUGCUGGGCGUUCGAUUGAGUAUCUGUCGUGGCCCGUCAUUUUCUUCGCUGGCUUCUCUUACGGCUCGUACCUCAUCUGGUUCAACGUGCUCAACGCAACGGCAUCUAUUGUUCUCUCUGGUCCAGGAUACGGCUUCAAGCUAUCCAUGGUCGGCCUCAGCUACCUUUCCUGCUGCCUCGGUACCAUUAUCGCAUUUGCUGUCGCAGGACGUAUGAGCGACUGGCUAACCGUCAAACUCGCGCGUCGUAACAAUGGUAUCAUGGAAGCUGAGCAUCGUCUGUGGCCGCUCGCCAUUUGCGUCGUUGGUGUUCCUGCAUCUCUGAUCCUUUGGGGUGUUGGAGCGCAGCAUGGUGUGCACUGGUUCGGUUUGAUCUUUGCCAUGUGUGCUCUAUCGACCACGAGUGUGAUGGGCUUGAUCAUCAGCAUUAAUUACUUGAUUGAUAGCUACUAUGAUAUAAGUGGUGACGCUAUCACGACGAUUAUUCUGGUCCGAAACACGAUGUCCUUCGCAAUUAGCUAUGGCAUCACGCCAUGGAUCACCAACCUGGGAUAUCAGAACUGCUUCGUCUCUGCUGCAUUUAUUGCCUUGGCUGCUUGUUCUGCCGUGUUUGUCAUUAUCAAGUACGGUAAAGCGUUGCGUGUGCGCACUGCACCCAGAUACCACAAGUUGGUUGCAGACGACAAGAGGGUCAUGGGCGUGGCUUAG